AAUCCCAUAGAGAGAAUAUGACAAGACAAGCUAAAAAGACACUCGCACUUCAAAAAUUCAACUGCAAUAAAAAGUAGUUUGAAGAUGAGACAAAAUUAAGCUACAUUUAAAAAUGUGGAAAAUCAAAUGUGGAAAAUCUUUCAACAUACUGCUUGCACAGUAGGAGUUUAGACUUGUGGAUCUGUUUGACACAGGUUAAACCAAAGGUCAGGAAGUGGGCUGAAGGGCUAUUUUUGAGCUUUUACACUGAGGAAGGAUAUCAGAUCAUCAGAUAGGGCCGCUAAACAUCAAGAUGCCUGGGGAGGAAGAUGGAUACAAUAAAAACGGAGAGCCUAAAAAAUUUGAUCCCAACUUUAAAGGGCCCAUCCAAAAAAGAGGAUGUACAGACAUUAUUUGCUGUAUCUUCUUCCUUUUGGCCAUCCUGGGUUACCUCGCAGUGGGAAUUGUUGCCUGGUCUCAUGGUGACCCGAGGAAGGUGAUCUACCCUACAGACAGCAUGGGACAAUUCUGUGGGCAGGGAGUACUGGAGAAGAAGCCAUUCUUGUUCUACUUCAACAUCAUGAAGUGUGCCAGUCCCAUGGUCCUCUUAGAGUUCCAGUGUCCCACCCCUCAGUUGUGUGUGGAGCAAUGCCCUAAUCGCACAAUGACAUUGGUGACUGCCAACGCAAAAUCAGAAGACUGGAAAUACUAUAAAGGUUUUUGCCGUGAAGACCCAGGGCAGAAGAGUGUGACACAGAUUUUGAAAGAAAAGCUGUGCCCUGCAUAUUUGAUUUCCAGCAAACAAUUUUUGCAACGGUGUUUUCCGACUCUGGGCAAAAAAGGGGAAACCAUCACAGUGGGCGAUGAUGAGAACUUUGAUGAUGGAAUGGGCAGUAUAAGACAUGCCAAAGACCUGAUGCCUGGAAUGCAGAACGCAACGAUAGUCAUGGAGAGUCGUCAAGUUGCAAUGAAGAUCUUUGAGGAUUACACAAAGUCUUGGUACUGGAUACUUAUUUGUCUGUUGAUUGCUGUGGUGGUGAGUCUGAUCUUCAUUGUUCUUCUGCGUUAUCUGGCUGGAGUCAUGGUGUGGGUCAUGAUCCUCAUGGUCAUCGCUGUCAUCGCCUAUGGUAUCGUUCACUGUAGUAUACAGUAUGUGAAUCUAAAGGACACUCCUGCCGCUAAUAUCACACUACAGCAGCUGGGCUUCCAGCCGGAUUUCACUGUGUACCUGCACAUUAGACAGACCUGGCUGGCCUUCAUCAUCAUUCUAGCUAUCAUGGAGCUCAUCAUCAUCCUCCUCCUCAUCUUCCUCUGGAACAGAAUCCACAUCGCUGUUGAGCUCAUGAAAGAGGCCAGCAGAGCCGUUGGUUAUGUGAUGUCAUCAGUGUUCUACCCCAUUUUUACCUUCCUCCUCCUUACUGUUGUCAUAGCAUACUGGGCCAUCACUGCAGUCUUCCUCUCUACAUCCAGUGAGCCUGUGUACAAAAUUUUCAAUGAAACAGAUUGUCCUCAUGCCAGAGAAACCUGUAACCCUGAGAACUACACUCUCUCUGAUAUGAAGCGAGACUGCCCGUUGUCUGAGUGCCUGUUUGCUUUCUAUGGUGGGGAAACGGCCUAUCACAAGUACCUUAUCUUCUUCCAAUUCUACAACGUCUUUUUGUUCUUCUGGUGUGCCAACUUUGUGACCGCUCUGGGUCAGAUGACACUGGCUGGAGCCUUCGCGUCUUACUACUGGGCUUUUAAGAAACCCGAUGACAUACCUGCCUUCCCACUGUGUGCCGCUCUGGGCAGAUCCCUCAGGUAUCACACAGGCUCUCUGGCGUUUGGUUCUCUCCUCCUCGCCAUUGUCCAGGUUAUCAGGGUUCUGCUGGAGUAUCUUGACCACAAACUCAAGGCAGCGGAAAAUAAGUUUGCCAAGUUCUUGAUGUGCUGUCUGAAGUGCUGCUUCUGGUGUUUAGAGAAGUUCAUCAAGUUCCUGAACAGAAAUGCCUACAUUAUGGUGGCCAUAUACGGUAAGAACUUCUGCAGGUCAGCGCGAGAUGCCUUCUUUCUUCUAAUGAGAAAUGUAGUCAGGGUGGUAGUUCUGGAUAAGGUCACCGAUUUCAUCUUAUUCCUUGGAAAACUCCUUAUUGUGGGGCUUGUGGGAAUCUUUGCUUUCUUCUUCUUUUCCGGACAUACUGAUGCAUUUAAAGGUGCUACACCCAGUCUCCAUUACUACUGGGUCCCUAUUUUGACGGUGUUGGUGGGCUCCUAUCUCAUUGCCCACGGGUUUUUCAGCGUUUAUGCCAUGUGUGUGGACACACUCUUCCUCUGCUUUUGUGAAGACCUUGAGCGUAACGACGGCUCUGUGGAACGGCCGUUUUACAUGACCGCGGCGCUCAACGACAUUCUGACGAAGGACCUGGAUGACGGCGCAGCUCGAAGCCUUGCUUCACGUGAUGAGACAAUUCAGCUCCAAACAAAACAGGACAAUGAUGUUUAACACCAGUAAUGCUGUCGAAAAUUAUGAAAUGUCUCCGAUGUGGUAUAAUCUUACAUUGGAGAAUGGUCAAGUUUAUAUAGUCAUAAUAAGCAUGGAUAAGUUGUAAUGAGUUUCAGUUGUCAGUGCUGUCAGAUGUAAGAUGCCUUUUUGUGCAACAAGUGUCUCUUAUCGAGUGUGUUUACAUGCACACAGGGGUUAAAUUCAGUUUUCGGAGGUGGGGGAACACUAAACUCGCAUAGUGAUUCUGGUGCCCUUGGCAAGAUAUGGCAUAUGACAUGCAUCUGUGACACACCAUAUGACAUGUCCGCUUUUUAAUAACUGCAUAUGGAUGUCAGAAAUUGGUGUACAGUUGGUUGCAGAUUUUGCUAAUUCAAUGGAACAGAGAGCAGACUGUGAGCAGAAGUGGGACGAGCGUUUUAAAGGGGUCAUGUCAUGAUUUUUUUAAAGCUUUUUUCUUGAGGUUCACUUAUAAUGUUAGUGAAGUUUUUUGCACCAAAAAAAUAUAUAAUAUAGUAUUAAAUUACUUUUUCCCACCCUGUCUCUGGCACCUUGUGUUCUGUGCUGUCCCCUUUAAGACUUUAAUAUACACACCCACUGUGUUAUGAUUGGCAAACACUUUGAGGCGCAAACACCCCCGCUAACACUCGUGGAACUGUUUUUUCCAAGACUAAAAAAAUUUAAAUGUGCAAGUGAUUUACAAAAUCCCCUUAAAGCACUCAGUCAGGGCGAUCAUUAAUAGCUACAUGUCCCAAUUUAUGUGAAGCGCGAAAAAACUACUACAGUUGUUCCGACUGAAGUAACAGUCGAAAACUGAAAAAAGUCAGCAUACUGUUGCUCCGAAUACUUUUUUUAAAAUUAUUACAAAUAAUAAUUAUUUUAUUUUAUAAAAAUUCCUGUGUUUGUUCUGAGCGACCCGCCGAGACCCGCCACAACAACGUUACUCAACCAGUGGUGUGAGUUGGGGGCGGGACUCUGACUGUUUGGACAGUGACAGAUGAGGGGCGUAUUCAGAGAGCUGAAAACGUUUAUUUUUGCAAUUCCGUUCGGUUGCGCUAGUGUCGAAGAAUUUACAUACAUCAGCUUUAAUCUUUUCAUUGGUUAAAAGCAAACUACAGUAGCAGCACUACCACUUUCUAUUUUGUCUUUCUAUUCUGAUGCUAGUGAAACGUUGUAAUGCAGCACUUUUCAUACUGCUGUCUCUUUAAGAUGAAUCGCUCAUGAUGUAUUAUCACUCUUGUGUAAGUCGCUUUGGAUAAAAGCGUCUGCCAAAUGAAUAAAUGUAAAUGUAAAAUGAAGUACUUGAGCUAUUCUUAUCGGUUCACCAUGACAUUUAUAUAUGUUGUGGAAGCGGGGCUAUUGAAAUGACAAUGUAUUAUGACAUCAUAAUGUUGACAAUUUCAAAAUGUGUCGUUUUUGCAGAGUAGAUAAAAAACAAUAAAUGCUCUUUUCAGAUUGGAGAGGAAGUUUUGAGUUCUGAAACUUACAGCAUGUUUUUUUUUUUAGUAUAAUGCCCUCUUAAAUGUCAAAAUAUUAAGGACAAUUUGAUUCCUUAUGACAUGACCCCUUUAGAGAAUGGUGCCAUUCUCGAUGCCAGCUCUAUCAGAGUAUGCAACCAACUAGAGUGAAACAUAAUGAACUUGAAAGAUUUGUUUUUUUUUUAUCAAAUACACAUGCUACAUGGAGACGGUAUGUGCAAAAUGGAUCAAGCAAAAACUGGACCAGAGCAUACAAGAAAUGUCAUGUCUUGACAAACAAGUUGUCGUUUUUCUUUUUUUUUUUUUUAAACGAAGAUGUUGGAACUCUGAUAACUAUUAAAAAUCAGUGUAUUCAAAAAAUUAGACAACAUAAGAAAAUGUGUUUACAGGUUCAUAAGGUUUGAAAUGAUCUGAUCAUUCUCUGCACUUGGCAUCAAAAUGUAAAACGUUAUACAUACAACACUUGCACAAUUUGGAUAAGCCAGUAAGACCGCCAGUAAAGGUGUACAAAAAUGUAGUGUACUCAUCGUUUUUUGCUUAAAGGAAUAUUCCGGGUUCAAUACAAGUUACGCUCAAUCGAGAGCAUAUGUGCCAUAAUUUUGAUUACCACAUAAAUUAAGCCUGAACUUAUUUUUACUCCAACUAACACAUAAAAUGGUGGUCAUUCUCCAUCUGGAUUGCUCAUUUCGGUAGUUUUUACAUUGCUUCUUAUGGAGACCGGAACCAGAAAACAGUUCAGCAGCAAUCAGAAUCUCAUGGUGCGUCCCAGUGGUUGCUCAGGAAAAAUGAUUUAGCAUUAUUAAGCAUAAUCGGCUUAUGAUUGUGCAUGUAAACACAUUCGGUGUCUGUCAAUACGUAGUUUAUCCAACUGUUUAUAUUUUUGUGUCUAUCGUAGACAAAUUCUAAACCUCAAUAAUGUUGCCUUUAAAUCUAAAGCUGCUGAUGAUAGCAUUGCAAUCGCUGCACUUUCUUCAAACUGUAAGCUAUAUUUUCCCUAAUGCACUUUAAGAUUGGUUGAAUCUUGGUUUAAAAAAACACCUUAUUGCCUUGUGAUUUGUCUAAUAAUCUUCUUUAUAACUUUGUUUGUCUGCUGUCUUUUGAAUGGUUCUUUACUCCACUCCUUUGGAUGCUGUGCUAUUUAAUCUGUCCAGUAAACAAUCGUUUUUAUCUUUAAUAAAUACUGUAAGAGCUUUUUUGCAGGUCUGUCUGCAUUGUGUCUAAAAUGUGUUAGUUGAAUCCCUGAAUGUUUCUUGUUGCUUUUCUUCAUUCUGUUCCACCCAAAAAUGAAAAUUCUGUCAUAAUUCUCUCAUCUUGGUUCAUAUUCAAUCCCAUAUGACUUUUCUUUCUUCUGUGGAACACAAAAGAUGAUACUACUGUAUGUGGAAUGUUAGCCUUAGUCACCAUUCAGUUUCAUUGCAUCCUUUUUUUUUUUUUUUUUUUUUUCAAUGAAUGUGAAUGGUGACUGAGGCUAUAACAUCUCUCUUUUUCCACAAAAGAAAGUCAGAUAGGUUUGGAGCAACAUGCGUGAACUACAGUUUUGGUACUGUAGCUUCAACUAAUGUAGGCCAAAAUAAUUGGACGGAUGUUCCUCAACACUUUUCUCACAUUCUCUAUUCA